AUGUCCGCCGGCUGGUUCCGGCGCCGCUUCCUGCCCGAGGCUCCUCUCCCCGCGCCGCAGCCGCCCGUGCCACGUGCCAGCCCAGUUCCCUACCGACGACCCCGCUUCCUCCGCGGCUCGGCUUCCAGCCCGGCCGACGCCGCCUCUGGCCGCCGGGACUGCCGGCCAGUGCGCAGCCCAGCACGGGGCCGCACGCUGCCUUGGAAUGCAGGCUACGCCGAGAUCAUCAACGCAGAGAAAUCGGAGUUCAACGAGGACCAGGCUGCCUGUGGAAAGCUGUGUAUCCGGAGGUGUGAGUUUGGGGUUGAAGAGGACCAGGAGUGGCUUUCCCUGUGCCCAGGGGAGUUCCUGACUGGUCACUACUGGGCACUGUUUGAUGGGCAUGGUGGUCCUGCGGCAGCCAUUCUCGCUGCGAAUACGCUACACUCCUGCCUGCGCCGGCAGCUGGAGGCUGUGGUAGAAGGUCUGGUGGCCACUCAGCCUCCCAUGCACCUCAGCGGCUGCUGUGUCUGCACCAGUGACCCCCAGUUUGUGGAGGAAAAGGGCAUCCGAACAGAAGACUUGGUGAUUGGAGCUCUGGAGAACGCCUUCCAGGAAUGUGAUGACGUGAUUGGAAGAGAGCUGGAGGCCUCAGGCCAGGUGGGCGGCUGCACAGCUCUGGUGGCUGUGUCCCUACAGGGAAAGUUGUAUGUGGCCAAUGCUGGGGAUAGCAGGGCCAUCUUGGUGCGGAGAGAUGAGAUACGGCCACUGAGCUCUGAGCUUACCCCAGAGACAGAGCGGCAGCGAAUCCAGCAGUUGGCUUUUGUCUACCCUGAGCUUCUGGCUGGUGAGUUCACCCGACUGGAGUUCCCACGCCGGCUGAAGGGGGAUGACUUGGGGCAGAAAGUUCUGUUCAGGGAUCAUCACAUGAAUGGCUGGAGCUACAAACGUGUGGAGAAACCAGAUCUCAAGUACCCACUGAUCCAUGGACAGGGUAGGCAGGCUCGGUUACUAGGCACACUGGCUGUAUCCCGAGGCCUGGGAGACCAUCAGCUCCGAGUCCUGGACACAAACAUCCAGCUCAAGCCCUUCUUGCUCUCGGUCCCACAGGUGACUGUGCUGGAUAUGGACCAGCUGACACUGCAGGAGGAGGAUGUGGUUGUCAUGGCAACCGAUGGGCUCUGGGAUGUCCUGUCCAACGAGCAGGUGGCGCGGCUGGUACGGAGCUUUCUCCCUGGGAACCGAGAGGACCCACACAGGUUCUCGGAGUUGGCCAAAAUGCUGAUACACAGCACACAGGGCAAGGACAGUGCCACAGGGGAUGGGCAAGUGUCCUACGAUGAUGUCUCUGUGUUCGUGAUUCCCUUGUUCAGUCAGGGCCGGGCGGACCACGGCCACUGAGGAUUGUCCCAGGACUUCUACAGGGCCCCUGCCACCUGGCUGAGUGCCUCCCCCUUGGCCAAAGGCAGGCCCAGCCUGGUGUUCUUGUUUCCCACCCCAAUUCAUCUGUUUCAAAGUGAACACUGACAACAGGCAGUCAGAGCUAGAAGUGGAGUCCAGUCUGGCAGGUCCUGCUACAAUAACACACGUCCCUUGGUAGAGGAACUUUACAACUUCAAUGAACUCUUGUGAACUUAGAUGGGAUCUUGGCGGUCUGUUUGGAUUCAGAACUCUAACUCCUGGAUGUCAGCGCAUCCAUUCAACUUGCAAAAUGCCUCACGGAAACCUCAGGUCAACCAUAUCUGCUUAAUAGCCAACUUGGAAAACUGUUGUGGGACCAGGUCAGGCCACAGGCCUCAGAUCAAGCGGGAGAGCAAAAAGGGGCACAAGGGGCCUCAAGUGGGCUAGACUGAGUGCUUGCCACUGUAUAUUUGCUGCCUAUUUGGUUGCUUCUCCCCAGCCCACCCUUAUCUCUUCUCAUGCCUCUUUCUGUGGCUCACCGGCCACAUUAAAUGUUUGUAUGAAGA